AAAGUGCUAAAAUAGCAGCAACGACAAGAGCCUUGGCUUGGCUUUGAAUAUCUGCGGUGCUGCCUGAAAGAUUGUGAGAUGACAAUAGGGAAAAUGGAGAAUGUGGAGGUCUUCACUUCUGAAGGCAAAGGCAGGGGUCUGAAGGCCACUAAGGAGUUCUGGGCCGCAGAUGUCAUCUUUGCUGAGAGGGCUUAUUCUGCAGUGGUUUUUGACAGCCUCGUUAACUUUGUGUGCCACACCUGCUUCAAGAGGCAGGAGAAGCUCCACCACUGUGGGCAGUGCAAGUUUGCCCGUUACUGUGACCGCACCUGCCAGAAGGAUGCUUGGCUGAACCACAAAAAUGAGUGUUUGGCCAUUAAGAGACAUGGGAAGGUACCCAAUGAAAACAUCAGGCUGGCUGCACGUAUCAUGUGGCGGGUGGAGAGAGAGGGUACUGGGCUCACAGAGGGCUGCCUGGUCUCCGUGGAUGACCUACAGAACCAUGUGGAGAACUUCGGGGAAGAGGAGCAGAAGCAGCUGAGAGUGGACAUGGACACUUUCUUGCAGUACUGGCUGCCCCAGAGCCAGCAGUUCAGCAUGCAGUACAUCUCGCACAUCUUUGGCGUGAUUAACUGCAAUGGCUUCACGCUCAGUGAUCAGAGAGGCCUACAGGCAGUGGGCGUGGGCAUCUUCCCCAACCUGGGUCUGGUGAACCACGACUGCUGGCCCAACUGCACCGUCAUAUUUAACAAUGGCAAUCAUGAGGCAGUGAAAUCCAUGUUUCACACCCAGAUGAGAAUUGAGCUCCGGGCCCUGGGCAAGAUCUCAGAAGGAGAAGAACUGACGGUAUCCUAUAUCGACUUCCUUAAUGUCAGUGAAGAGCGCAAGAAGCAGCUGAAGAAGCAGUACUACUUUGACUGCACGUGUGAGCACUGCCAGAAAGGGCUGAAGGAUGACCUCUUCCUAGGGGUGAAAGAAGACCCAAAGCCCUCUCAGGACGCGGUGAAGGAGAUGACACAGUGCUCUAAGGAUACACUAGAAAAAAUUGACAAGGCUCGCUCUGAGGGCUUGUACCAUGAGGUUGUGAAAUUAUGCCGGGAGUGCCUGCAGAAGCAGGAGUCAGUGUUUUCUGACACCAAUAUCUACACGCUGAGGAUGCUGAGCAUUGUGUCAGAGGUCCUCUCCUACCUCCAGGCAUUUGAGGAGGCCUCGCACUACGCCAGCAGGAUGGUGGAUGGCUAUAUGAAGCUCUACCACCCCAACAACGCCCAACUGGGCAUGGCCGUGAUGCGGGCAGGGCUGACCAACUGGCAUGCUGGUAACAUCGAGGUGGGGCACGGUAUGAUCUGCAAAGCCUAUGCAAUUCUCCUGGUGACACACGGGCCCACCCACCCAAUUACCAAGGACUUAGAGGCCAUGCGGGUGCAGACGGAGAUGGAGCUGCGCCUGUUCCGCCAGAACGAGUUCAUGUACCACAAGAUGCGCGAGGCUGCCUUGAACAACCAGCCCAUGCAAGUCAUGGCUGAGCCCAGCAGUGAGCCAGCACCAUCUCUGUUCCAUAAGAAGCAAUGAGGACCUGCGUGGUGGAGGGGGCAUUGUGGCUGGGGGGCCAGGGAGACAUUUUGGAGGGAGUGGGGUUCUGGGGGGACCCUUGACAAGGAAGUCAGAGUAAUGCUCAACCUUGAUGCUAUGGGAAUGCACUGUCCUGUGUUCCCCUGUGUCAUUUUAGUUCAUUUCAACUCAGUUUAAUUCAAUUAACUCAUUCUAUGGCCACACUUAUCCUACAAAUAUUUAUUGGAUAGUGGACCUGAGAGAUAAUGAAGCUCUAAAAAUAGCUGGGGAGGCAAAAUGGAGACAAACAAAGUACUGAGUAA